GUGUGAGGAGUGGGCGGCAUUCGCACUGGAGCCUCCGCGGUGGCACGAGCGAGCGGCGCGCGCGCAGUGAACAUGCCCCAGCGGUAGUGGUGCAGCGACACACGGGACCGAGCGUGAUCUCAAACGAACUCUUAUUGUAAAGUGAAACAGUGAAAUCCUAUUGCCAAAAUGGGUUUGGAUUUCUUAGAGCAUGGGGCCGACUUCGAGGCUGCUAUUUCGGCCACCGGCUUCGGUCGGUUCCACUUCUGCCUGCUGGCGAUCACGGGGCUGAUCUACGCGAACACGGCCAUCGGCAUCACGAUAGUGUCGUUCGUGCUGCCGGCCGCCACCUGCGACUUCCGCAUGACCUCCGCCGACAAGGGGUGGCUCACUGCCGCGCCCAUGCUGGGCAUGGUUAUCGGCUCGUACUUCUGGGGCUGCCUGGCCGACACGAAGGGGCGCAAGGUGGUGCUGGUCUCCACGCUGCUGAUGGACGGCUUCAUCGGCAUCAUCUCCAGCUUCGUGCAGAUCCUGCCCGUGUUCAUGGUGUGCCGGUUCAUUAACGGCUUCUCGGUCGCCGGCGCCAUGGGUAUCUGCUUCCCCUACCUGGGCGAGUUCCAGGCCACCAAGUACCGAGAGAAGAUUCUCUGCUGGAUGGAGAUGUUCUGGACUCUCGGAGUCAUCAUUCUUCCCCUGAUCGCGUGGGGCAUCAUCCCCAUCACCGGCAUCCGCAUCGAACACGGCGCGUUCUCAUACGACUCAUGGAACUGGUUCGUCGCGGCGUGCGGGGUGCCCUCCCUGCUGCUCGGCUUCUGGCUCUUCAGCUUCCCCGAGAGCCCCAAGUUCAUGAUGGAGUGUGGGGACUACGACGACGCGCUCGCCGUGCUCAAGGACAUCUACCGACAGAACACCGGGGACGAUCCCGACAACUAUCCGAUCAAAAGCCUCAAGGAGAAGGUCCGCACAGUCUCCGUCGCAUCUCAAAGCUCGCAGAAGUCCGUCCGCAGUCUCAGCAUGCGGAAGCCCAAGGACAUCAAGCGGCUGUUCACGGAGAUCUGGGGACAGACCAAGGCGCUGUGCAAGCCCCCUUACCUGAAGUACACCAUCCUCACCUGCAUCAUACAGUUUGGCUUGACCACUAGCUACUACACCCUCAUGAUCUGGUUCCCGGAGUUGUUCAACCGCUACGAGGCAUUCGAGCACCAGUUCCCCAACACCACGGCUUCUGUCUGUGACGUCAGCGGCAUCGUGGUGGAAGACGCCGACCUGGACCCCUUCGACUGCGGCAAGACCAUCGAGCAGAGCGUCUACAUGCACACCUUGAUUGUUGGACUGGCUUGCAUUCCGACCUCGCUGUGGUUGCCGCUUUGCGUGCAUAAGCUUGGAGCUAAGUUCUUCCUUAUCUUCAGUUUGGGCAUGGCGGCGACGGUGACGGUGGGGCUGUACUUCGUUCAGAACUCUGUCCAGAACCUGGUGCUGUCGUGCAUCUUCGAGGCGCUGACCUCGCUCGCCAUCAGUCUGGUCUUCUGUGUGCUGGUCGAUCUGUUCCCGACUAACCUUAGGGUAAUGGCGGCAGCACUGUCGCUGACGGCCGGGCGAGGCGGCGGUCUCAUCGGCAACCUGUCGUUCGGCUACCUCAUCGACAUCAACUGCGUCGUGCCCAUCGUACUCUUCUCUGCAUUCCUCUACCUUGCCGCUUUCCUCUGCUUCUUCUUACCAAAGACAGGCCAAGAAGCUCUAGACUAAAUCCAGUUGUGUCACAUACAAUCAAAGUUAGCUAGGCUACCGCCACCCUUAUAGAGAUUACAAUUUUUCAAGUGAUUGUACAUAUCAUUUAGGAUGUAAAUAUUGUGGACUAAGUAAAUCUAUUUAUUUAAUGAAUCGUUCCCUAGUUUUAUUGUUGUGUCGCAAAGCGAAUAGGUACCUAUACGACGUUGCUAGCUGAUCCUGUGAUUAAUGCAGUAUUGAAUGCCGUACGCAUGUAUGUUAUAUGAACUUAGCAGUAUUUUAGUGUUGACUGUGUAAUUUUAUCCGUACUUUAUGAAUAAACGUAAUUUGUCAAGUAAUUA